GAGCAUUCGCUUCAGGAUCUCCUUGCAUACAGGAGCUAGCAUUGGUGUGUGUGGCAUGCACACACCCUUUCUGACUCUCUCUCUGACACACACACACACACACACCUGCACACUCUAUUUUUGCCACCUCUGGUACUGAAGUGCAGGGUGUCAUCCACACACACCACCUGUCAGCUUUAGUAAGAGGCUUCACCAAAAGCUUGUCCACACGUUACCCGGCAGGAGCAUGCACCAACAGGCUAAGGAUGAGGGGGAACCUCCCAAAAUGCAAGGGGAGGAGGGGGACUCGAACACAACAUGCUCCACACGAACCCAGUCUACCCCUUCUCCCCCUUCUCCUGAGACCUCCACGGAGGGGGAAACUCAGGUGGAGGAAGAGGGAACUCCUGUCCUGACUCCCUACCCCUACAGUAGGCAUGGGGGGCCCUGUCGCCCGAGGUGUCUACUAGUGGCCCUGAUCUUCAUGCUCAUCUCUUUACUUGGCAGCUGGGCAGUGGUCCACCUCACCCUGGGGUCCCGCGGAAUGGCGACCUUCAGGAUCCAAGCCAGCUAUGACCGGCCGAGCGAACAGGACGCCACCGCCACGAUCAAACCGGGCUUCACCACCAACUGCACCAUGGAUCUCUCCCCUUUCCACAACAUCCCCCUCCAGGGCCAGUACCAUUGUCACCACGGCCCAGGGGUCCCUCUGGGACAGUUGUGUGACUUCACGAUGGACUGCCCACUCGGCGACGACGAAGGGGACAUGUGCAGUCAGUUUCUCAACGGCAGCUAUUGCUCCUUCGAGGAUGGUGAGUGCGGUUGGCAGCCAACAGUGGCCAAGGGAUCCUCCUGGAGGCGUGUCCAUACCCCGCCAAAGGGGGUGCGGCCCAGCUGUGAAUCAUCCUCAGGUGCCAUGUUCAGUGUGGACGGAGGGCAGUCCAAGGGUCAUCAGGUGUCAACGUUGCUCAGGAGCCCUCUCUUCCCCCCUCCCCUACGGAACUCUCGAUGUGAGGUACGUUUCUUGAUGUGUUCUGGAGGUGGCCAGAGAGGGGCACUGUCUUUGUGGCUGGUGGAAAACAGCACACGACCAGAGGAGCAGCGCAGACUGUGGUACUCUGCCAACGAGCCCAAGACAAAGAAAGGCUGGAGACGCAUUAUCGUUCCUCUCUACGGACUUGUUGACUGGUUCUGGCUCCAGUUCAGUACAGACAAUGGAUCAGGUUCAGGAUCAGCGAUUUGUCUGGAUAACAUCUCCUUCAGUAUGGACUGCUUCCUGGCCUCCAAUGGUGAAUUUCCUCCAACGGUAACCGACACCACUAAACUGCCAUUGAAACCAAACAAUCAGAACAUUAAAACAACCACCCCGUCCAAUGGAAACUCAAGAACAUUGUCAGACCUUCCUACUCCAACUGACUCAACGAAAUGGGCCUUUCACACUUGUGGGGCAGUUGGUUCAGAGGGGCCCACCCCAACCCAGUGUACCAGCUCCUAUCGGCACAGCAAUGUCAAUGUUAACGUGGCAACCAGAAGCCCAUUCAAAGGCAUCCAAAUCUGGAGGGUACCGGAGACUGGCAUCUACAGGAUCACAGCUUGUGGGGCGGCUGGCGGUCGCAGCGUAUUGGCCAUGACCAAGUCACAUGGCGUCCAACUCACAGCGGACUUCCUGCUUCAGAAGGGCGAGUUGCUUCAUUUCCUGGUGGGCCAAAAAGGAGAGGACGCUUGCCCCAAUACCAACGGGACACUGAACAAGAUCUGUGUAGAGCAGACGCCAUUGGACAAGAAGACACAGGUCAAAGGGGGCGGGGGCGGAGGAGGAGGAGCCACCUAUGUGUUCAAGGUGGAGAGGGGUGUCCACAUCCCCCUGAUCAUCGCAGGUGGAGGUGGGGGACGUGGGUACAGCAGCCAAUCGGACAGCCAGAAUGAGUUAAUGGACGACCCCGAUGUACCAGGGCAUAACGGGAAGUCUGGAGCGGCAGGUGGAGGUGGAGGUUGGAAUGACAGUAACCCUGGGUCUCAGGGUGGGAGACCCCUAAUACUUGGAGGUCAGGGGGGGCAACCCUGCCAGAAGUUGGGCUGGAAGACCCGAGGGGGCUUCGGGGGAGGGGGAGGCCCCUGUACAUCCGGUGGUGGAGGAGGGGGGUAUAGAGGUGGCAGCACCUCUGAAGCAAAUGACCCAAAGCAGGACGGAGAUGACGGCUCCUCUUUCACCAACUCAGACGGAGAGAUCUUCCUGGAUGCUCUGAAAGGGAUGGAAAGUGAUGGAGAGGUGAUCAUCUGCCCUGUGCAGAACUGUAGCCACUGUGAGACGGGCGAGUGUCAUGAAAACGAGGAGGGGACAAUGUGUUACUGUGACGAGGACCUCGUACUUGCCCCCGACGGUGUCUCUUGUGUCAAUGCAUCAACAGAGGUGUCUCCCCUGCCACCCCAGCCCUCCCUGUCCCACCUGGCCCUGGGUCUGUCUGUGGGGACCUCAGCCCUCAUCGCUGCCCUGCUGCUAGCUGUGUCUGGAGUCAUGAUCAUGUACAGACGGAAGCACAUAGAGCUACAGUCCAUUCAGCUGGAGCUCCAGAGCCCAGACUGUAAACUGAGCAAGCUGAGGGCCUCCACCAUCAUGACCGACUACAACCCCAACUACUGCUUCGCUGGGAAGACCGCCUCUGUCAACGACCUGAAAGAGGUGCCCCGACGCAAUAUCUCCCUCACCAGGGGUCUGGGACAUGGUGCCUUCGGUGAGGUGUAUGAAGGGAUGGCAGUGGGGAUACCUGGAGAGCCCAGUCCCAUGCAAGUAGCAGUUAAGACACUCCCUGAGGUGUGCUCUGAGCAGGAUGAGCUCGACUUUCUCAUGGAGGCUCUCAUUAUCAGUAAAUUCAGCCACCAGAACAUAGUGCGGUGUAUAGGGGUGAGUCUUCAGGCCCUGCCACGCUUCAUCCUACUGGAAUUGAUGGCUGGAGGAGACCUCAAGAGUUUCCUGAGAGAGACGCGGCCCAGACUGGAGCACCCCUCUAGUCUCUCCAUGGUGGACCUGCUCAACGUGGCCAGAGAUAUUGCACAGGGAUGCCAAUACCUGGAGGAGAACCAGUUUAUACACCGGGACAUUGCAGCUCGGAACUGCCUGCUGACCACCAAAGGACAGGGGAGAGUGGCCAAGAUAGGGGACUUUGGAAUGGCCAGGGACAUUUACAGGGCGAGCUACUACAGAAAGGGUGGGCGUGCCAUGCUGCCUGUGAAGUGGAUGCCUCCCGAAGCCUUCAUGGAGGGGAUCUUCACAUCCAAAACGGACACGUGGUCCUUUGGGGUUUUGCUAUGGGAGAUCUUCUCUCUGGGCUAUAUGCCCUAUCCCAGUCGCAGUAACCAGGAAGUGUUGGAGUUUGUCACCAGCGGGGGAAGGAUGGACCCUCCCAAAAACUGCCCAGGGCCUGUGUACCGAAUAAUGACACAGAGUUGGCAGCAUCAACCGGAGGACAGGCCCAACUUCUCCACCAUCUUGGAGAGGAUUGACUACUGCUUACAGGACCCCGAUGUGGUGACUGUUACCUUGCCUGUGGAAUAUGGGCCCCUCCCCGAAGAGGAGGAGCGGGUGCCCAUGCGCCCUGAGGAUCCCACGGCCACUCCCCUGCUGGUGUCCACUCAGAUGCCCGACGGGGAGGGCCCUGCACCACCACCCGAAACUGCCAAGCCCCAGGUGAUGGCGCAACAACCCCAGUCCAACCCCCACCCUCAGACAUUCACCACGACCACCAUCACAGCCACCUCCUUCAUCUCCACCUCCAAGGCGCCUCCCCCCAUCUCCACCCAGCAGCCCAACCCAGAGGGGGGCCACAUUAAUCUGGCCUUCACCCAGGGCCACCCUAAGGAUAAGGAUGGUCACAAUGGGAAGCCCACCAACCUGUGGAACCCCACCUAUGGCUCCUGGUUCCUCCAGCAGCAGCAGAGGAAGCAGCAGCAACAACAGCAGCAGCAAAGGCAGGGAGACAUGGGCAGUGGAGUUGGGGGGGUUGGAGGUGGGAGGGUGCCAGGCGAAGGGCAGGAGUACCAGGGGCGGACUGUGGCUGAGGCGGCAGGGGCCCUGGGUCUCCAGCAACAGCAGCACAAGCAGCAGCAGUUCCAGCCACCGUAUCCCUUCCAUCCGCAGCAGCAACAACAACAGCAGAUGCAGCUCCUGCACCACCAACAGCAGCAGCAACAGCAGGGGCUCUGCAAGCCCCUCUUGUCCCCUCUGCCCCCACCCCAGGCCACCUUCUCGGAUAUCACUGCCCCUACCCCACUCCUGUUAGAUUCUGCCACCCUCCCCCCAGUCCCCCUCUUCAGACUUCGCCACUUCCCCUGCGGGAACAUCGGCUACGGCUACCAGGAGAAAGGUUUGCCCCUGGAGGCGACCCACCACCACACUAACCCUGUCAACCCCCAUCCUCCCCCGUCUCCUCCUCCCCCACCACCCGUGGCCCCCCAGAGAGGAGUGGCGGGGACCCAGCUGUCGCUGAGCUGCUCGACGACAGGCAAAGCCGAGGACAGCCAUCCGCUGCUGGUCACCAUGGGGACGGUGCAGGACCCCAGGCUGCCCCGGAUGGAGGGCCACAAUGCCACGGUGCUUUAGCCCAACCACCAUCUUGCUUUUUGUCUCUCACCUCGGAGACCAUGUGUAUAGGCAGACAGGCGUACAGCCAGACUAGAUGGUACACCGUGCAACAUUGUGUCAGGACAGUACCCCCCCUCCCUCCUGUCUCGACGCUUGAUGGUUUCAUCCACAGAUUGGAUUGACUCAUUUUCACCUGGCCAAUGGUUGCGGAGUCAAAAAAAUUACAAAAAAUCUCUAAAAUGGUUGCGGAAAUACCAAUGGGUGUUAAAGUAACUGCCCAGUGUUUCCAAAUUUCUAUGAAGUAUGACUUAUAAUUACUUACAAUAUGAGAGAAAUAGUUUUCCUUCCAAAAAUGGGUAAUUGAGUAUGUUAAAAAGUAGGUUUUCUGUGUUGGAAUGGUGUGUGCGUACCCCAACAACAGAAUGGUGUGGGCUUAUACCAGUUAUAAACAAUAUUCACGUAAGUAGCCCGCUGAUUGGCCAGCUCAUCCUCCUCAGGGAGAUGACAUGUUCUAUGAGGAAAUAGCAAGCAUUUUUUAAAUGGUCCGUUUGAGAUACAAGUUAAAGGUGGAGUUUUUGAAGUAUUUUUUCCCCCAAUUUAUGCUUUGGCCACAAAUACGAGUAUAUGACAAGUCAACAACAUUAACAGAAUAUAAAAGUUAGAUUUUCACUGGGCAGUUACUUUAAAGCACAUUGGAGAGCUUCAAAGACCAUUGGGAAGAAAAAGUUGUGGACCAUUGGCUAGAAAAACUGGAACGAUGGACAUUUUGCAACACCUGCUAAAAUGUAGCCGCUAAGGGAGUGAUACACUAUACGAAGAAAGCGAGCUGAAUGAGUUGUCAGCCAUUGUAACAGGACAGGGUGAAAUGUUUCCAUCUGGUUGAACUAGCUAAUUUAUCCGCAAUGUUUUCACAAGUCGACCGCUUAUCUUUGUGGCUCUGUAGAUGUCAACGCAGCCUUUUUUCACCAGUCAUUCUGGAAACAAACAGAAUGUGUGUUUCACAAACAAAAACAUGUAGAAAAUGGUAACUGAGAACAAUACACAUCUGCCAGAUGUCUAACUGACUGUAGCAUUAAUUAACUUAUUUGGCUGUCAAUCAUUGCAGUUCAUCCAUUUUCUUUGGGAUUUCUGGCCUUGGCAGUUGAUUCACCAAUCAGAAAUGAUUUUUUACAAGAAUAUUGUGAGAAUCGUACACUGGAUUCCGAAGAGGAUGAAAUUGUGUUUGUUGAUGUUUGCCUGCCUUCUCAUUUAUUUAUUAUUUCAGUACUCUGUAUAUUAUUAAUGGACACACUUCUUACACCCAACCAUAUCCAAAUUCAUUUGACAUUGGUAAUUUUUGUCCAAUGUCGAAUUAAAUUGACCAAUGAAUGGUAUUUCAGAUAGUUGGAAACUAAAUGCACUCAUCUAGUUGAAUGUUGCUAUGGGUGGGAGUGAACGAAAAUUGUUGGGGGGUGUAAUGGUGCCAUAAGCACUGUAUGUGGGUGGUUAUCUUUGCACUUUAAGGUGCGUGAGUAAGUGGUAUUCAUCUGUGUGUGCAUAUGUUUGUGUGUUUGAGAGAUAGGAAGAGAUGGAGGGAGAAGGGGGAGAAAGAAAGAGAGAUAAAGAAUGUUAUUCGAGGCACAAUACUAUGGAGCUUACUUUAUACUGUUUAUUCAGGCAAGUUUACCUUCCAUUUCUCGUUGGAGAUUUUUGAUAUGUAUAUAUUAUGGCCCUCUAUGGAAAGACAGAAAUUACUGUUCCAUCAACUUCCAUGGACACAUAGUUGGAGAUUCAUUUAAUUGAAAGUGUGCUUUUAAAAUAGGAAUGUUGGCAUUUUUGCUGGGGGCCUUUUUCAACAACCUUUUCUUGAUUCAUAACCUUUUUUUUGCCUUACCCAGCGACUAUAUUUAACAUCGCUGAAUAGGUCGUUACCCCUAAACUGCUAUUUUAAAGUACUCAAUGUUAAUACAUUUGCAUAAUUUAUCUUUUCUAUUUUAAGAACGACUACUGUAGAAUAUAAAGUAUUCUGAGUGAAAAGUUUGAAUACAAAUUGCUUGUGGUCCACUUGUGAAAAAUCUAUGGUUAAUAUUUUGUGAGGAUCUAACUUCUUACUCCAUCAGUUAUCAACCAUGUCUACAUUUACAUUCAAUGUGCAUAGCCUCAACACUGUCAAUGCAGUCUGCUUUUAUACAUUCAAAAAGAUUGUUUGUGAUUAUUCAUUCAUUUUAAUGUACAAUGCGAAUCAACUUUUAUGUACUUAAGUCUCAAAUGGACAUGAGUGCUAGUCUAUGCUAAGCUAAGAUGAAGUUGAUUUGGAAGUGCCAAUGUGUCAGUUGUUUGCCUGUCUAUGUUGUUAACCCUUUACUUGAACAUUCUUUCAACAGCCUUACAAGCUGUUAUAGACAUGUCACAAGUAGUGAAAACAUUUGAUAACACAAGGUGUUGUUUGGUUUAUGUCUUAAAGUAGGCUUAUGAUAGAGGGUUCAAGUAACAUGUUGCACUAUUGUUCAUCUCCAGUGGCUGUGUUCACAUAAUUUGCUGUUUCUUUGCAGCAACUCAUCUGAACUCCGUUGCUCCUGGUAAAAACCAACUGAAUUGCAUCUGUAAAAUGUUGUAAUUAUGAUGCAUUGUCUAUGACUGGUAACCUCUGUAUGUUGCCCUUCAGAUGACAUGUUGCCAAAAUGAAUAAAUUACUAUAUAAUGACUUGGUUGCUGCUACCAGACUUCAUUUAACUCACUCCAACCCUUAUCGCGGAAGUUCAGCAUUAUAGCGCGAUUGAAAUUGAAAGGAAAUUCCUGAUUGAGCCG